AGAGGCAGAUUACAUCACCGUUGCUCCAUCCCACAGCCCAGCCAGGAUAAACACAGCCAGCAUUUGGACAGACACGCCACCUUCCCCUUCCCGCAACCCCUGCAUAGCCCUUGCAACCCUUCAGAGGUGCCAGAAUCCAAAGUCAGCCUUUAGGUGCCUCUGCACCUCUGCAAUAAGCUGCCAUCUGCCAGCAUUGUGCAACUCUGUUGCCCUAGGUCAGAUGUUCUGUGCCCAUGCUAAGUGUGGGAUGAGAGCCCAGGAUGAAAAUACUGCUGGCUCAUUAAAUGCUGGAGUGGGUUGCUCAGUCCAGCUCAAUCGUCUCUUUCCCCACCGGACCCCUCCCUCGCUUCUGCAUAUAAAGUGGCAGGCUUACUCCCUUCGGUUUUUCCAUUGGCCAAGUCACAGCAAUGCUGACUUUCCUAUUCCCGAGUAUCUUGCUGCCUUGUGCAGCCAUGCUUGCCCCUAUCCUCACAGGCCCUCAGCAGCCCGCGGCUCCGCAGGACGUAAACAUUCUUUUCUACGGGGUGCUGCAGUUCAGCAGCACGCUGAGUGACUUCUACGACUCCACCACGCGGAAGCUUGACAAGAUCAGACGCAGCUCCGACUUCUACGAGCGGGGCCUGGAGGUGCUGCGUCGUCAGACCCAAAGAGCCCAGCAGAAGCAGAAAGAGAUUGGAGAGAUUGUUGAGGGGCUGGAGGAUGAGAGCCUGGCAAGACGGCAGCAGGCUCACAGCAACAAGGAAGCGUUGCAGAAGAUGCUUGCGGGCCAGCAGGACCUAGUGCGACAAGUGAAGGCGCUCGAAGGGAUGCUGGCUAUCGUGGAAGAGCGAGGUUUCCAAAAUAAGGGAUGGGAAUUUUCCGCUUUGAAGGCACACAUGCAACAGCAGAAUCUCACCAUCUGGUCCCUGCUGAGAGCUACUCAACAGCAGCAGCAGCAACUGGCUCGGCAGACAGAACAGCUGCUCUGGAUCCAAAGACUAGCAAGGCAAGCGGUGCUUCUUGGGGACGUUUCUUAAACAGAGAUCAAGUUAGUGUGUUGCUGUGAUAAGGGCAGCUCCUGGCUCAACGCUGCUGCCAUUUGCUAGUUAUGGUAAGAGUCUUUCUGAUGCAGGGCACUCAUGCCAAGACCUCAGGCAUCAGCACCCUUACUAUAGUAAUGGGGACACGGGUGGUGCUGUGGUCUAAACCACUGAGCCUCUUGGGCUUGCUGAUCGGAAGGUCAAUGGUUCGAAUCCCUGCAAUGGAGUGAGCUCCCGUUGCUCUGUCCCAGCUCCUGCCAACCUAGCAGUUCAAAAGCAUGCCAGUGCAAGUAGAUAAAUAGGUACCACUGCAGCGGGAAGGUAAAUGUCAUUUCCGUGCGUUCUGGUUUCCGUCAUGGUGUUCCAUUGCACCAGAAGCGGUUUAGUCAUCCUGGCCACACGACCUGGAAAGCUGUCUGCGGACAAAUACCGCCUCCCUCGGCCUGAAAGUGAGAUGAGCGCUGCAACCCCAUAGUCGCUUUUGACUGGACUUAACCGUCCAGGGGUCCUUUACCCUUCUUUUUUUAAAAAAACCUAUACAGUGGUACCUCUACUUACGAAUUUAAUGCGUUCCGAACGCACAUUUGUAAGUCGAAAAAAAUUGUAAGUCGAAUCCCAUAGGAAUGUAUUGGGAGAAAAAAAUUGUAAGUCGAAGCAACCCUAUCUAAAAAUUCGUAAGUAGAAAAAAUCCUAUCUAAACCGCAUCCAGGAUGGUGGAAGGAGCUCCAUUUGUAAGUAGAAAA